GUCUGUAAGGAGUAUCUGCAGAGUUUUUACCAGUCUUUAUUAGAAAAGAAAUCAGAAUUUACUCCAACUGCCAUAGAGAAAGAAUUAAUCAACACAUGCAGAGAUGCUACAGGAAAAGAAAACCGCCUGUGUUACUAUUUAGGGGCCACGAGUGAUGCAGCUACAAAAAUUCUAAGUGAAGUUACUCGUCCUAUGAGUGCUCAUGUGCCAGUAUCCAAAAUCUGUGAGAAACUGAAGAAGAUAGACAUUCAGAUCUGUGAGCUGAAAUAUGGUAUGUGUUGGAUAAGUAUAGUCAUUAUUGCUGUAUAA